CUUGUGUCAUAGGCACCCAGUAUUUAUAUGCGGUGUGUGUUGUGUUGCCUGCCGAUGAGCGAUGAUAUUGCGCCUCUGUUUUACUGUUUUGCUUGUGCGUUUGUUUCUUUUUUUUUUAUUCUUAUCGGCAUCGCAUAUUGGGGAGAAAUAAUACGCGUUGAUCGUAAUGAAGGUUGAUUUCUUUAAGCGUGAACCCGGAGAAUAACCGAUUAUCAUAGAUUUUGGAAGUCAUUGAGAUUGGAUUCAGGUCAUUCUUCUAGAAAUAAAUCUUAAUCGAACAUCAUUGAUUUUCUUCAUAUUUUUGGCCAACUCCGACGACCCUGAAUAGCAUUACUGUACAUCUUGGCGACCAACUAGCGGGGCUAAAUUAUGGAGGAACGAAAUUACAAUUUACGAUCCAACAAAGAAGUUCUGAUGAAAAACAAGGACUCGUUGUCUGAAAGUGAGGUAAAACUUCCACCAGAAGAUAACACUCAUCAUGAAGGUAGGAACAUUCCGGAAGUGAUUGAAGAAUGCUCAAUACCAAGUGCUGAAACCAUAGUUCAUAAAGGUGCAAUUUCGAGACCAAAAUCACAGAAUGCACAUAUCGCUUUUUCUGACGAUCUAACACCGAAAUCUGGACAAAUUCCGAACUUACAUCAACCAAUUCCUAGAAAAAUAUUCAGAAAUGUACCAAUAUAUAAUGCUUAUUCAUUUCCUCAAAAUGCUGGUGCAGAGAGUUUGGCGUAUCAGGCUGCUGAAAGUAAUCAAUUCAAUAUUUACCAGCAAAAUCCUAGCAAUAAUUCACAGAUUGAUCUCAGUGUAUUAAUUCAGAAAAUUGUAGUUGAUACAAUCAGUAGUAUGAAAAUUAGUUCAAAUGCAUCCGAUGAGAAUUUUAGUUUUAAACAAUGUAGUGACACCAAUGUACAGGGUGGUCUGAAUCCAAAUACUCUUCCAACACAAUCAAACCUUCCUGUACACAAUUCACCUUUUUCGCUGAGUGAUGUAAGUAAGUUGAUGCCUAAAUUUGAUGGUGAAAUUGAUAAACAACCUCCGGAGUUCUUAGAGUUUUUUGAGAGCAGUAUUGACGUUACAAGAAUUCCGUUCAGUCAUAUAAAAGUACUUUUAAGUAGGGCAUUUGAGAAAUCGGCUAAGCUUUGGUGGGAUGCUUUUUCAGUCAGUUUCGUUGAUUACUACAGUUUCAAACGUGCGUUUUUGUCACACUUUUGGGAUAUUAGAAGGCAGAGAAGGAUUAAGGAUAAGCUGGAAAGUGGUCAGUAUAAAGCAGGAACAUUUGUUAAUCAUUUUAAUUACUGGGCGUCGAUGACACGCUAUUUACAACCUAACUAUUCACCUUCAGAGUUCAUAGAUUUGAUAGCGCCACAUUUUCCCCCCAGUGUAUCUUGUGUACUCUUGGGAUGCACAAACUUUUCAGAUGCAGUAUCUAGAUUGCGACAUGCAGAUGAAUAUUUCAAAAAUUCUAAUAACAAUAAUCAUAGAAAUUUCAGUGAUCAAAAAAGAAUUUCUGAACAGCAAGGCGGUUCAAUUUCGGAAUUUCAAGCGAAGAAAAAUUUUGAGAGAAAAGGGACUUUCAAAAAUGUUUCGUGCGUACAACUAGAUGAAGAUAAUUCGGGAAACGAAUUGCUCCCCCACAACUAAAAUCAUGUGUGGGGGCAAAUGAA